UCUGGAUAUGCACGGCCAAGUUCUGUGGCCCAAAUGAGCAGCUGUCUCCAGGAAAACCAGCCAGGUGGAGAAACCUGAGGAUUUCCCCCUUUCAAAGCACAGUAUGAGAAUGGACAGGAAGGGAAACUACCCUGAUGGUUUGGUGUGGAAGGGGUUAAGUCCUCAGUCAUCCUAUUCUGGAGUGAUUUACGAUGAUGUGUAGAGUUUCAAAACUUUUCCCAGCCCAAGCACAGCCCUCUCCCUUCCCACCAGGUUCACUGACUCUCCGAGUACCGAAAUGAGAAGGAGGCGUGUUUUGCUGAUCUGUUAAAUUCUUAGUGAAGUUUUCUUGAUUUCCAGUGGCUGCUGUUGUUUGAGUUUGGUUGAAGCAAACCUGAGGGAGUCCUGACAUUUCUGGAAUGGAAUUCAGAUGAGGAAGAAGAAAUAGAAGAAGUCAAAAAAAAAAAGGAGAAAUAAAGGGAGGAGAGACGCAAGGAAAGGGGGGAAGUGUCCCCUUUUUUCACGUUCACAUUCCUCUGUUUUCCCUCAGCCUGGAAAACAUAUUAAUCCCAGUGCUUUUGCACUCGGAAACAAAGGGACUCAGCCAGACCGUGUGGGGAAAGGGUGAUAAGAACGAUCUUGGAACUCCACAGAGGGCAAGAGUGAGAUUCAGAAAUCACUAGGACUUCACUUUAAGGAAAAUCCUUGUGGCAGCAAAGAACCAGCUCAUACAGACCCAGGAGAAACUGCAGACAAAUGGAGAUACGGCCAGUCCCACAGACAGCGACUUUCACCUCAUCUCACUGGACCAGAAGGUAAAAAGACAUAGCCUGGAGAAAAAAAAGCAAUCAGCCAGGCUGGACAGGCUGAGCUUCCUGGGUCUGCUUUUACAAACAGGAGCUGCAGCACACCCUUUGGUAUUGCUCAGCCUCCACAAGGAGACAGAGGGCUGGAAGGAAACCAUUUCAUCUAGGAAACCGUCCUAGGAACCAAGCCUUUCCAUUUCUUUUGAAAGCCUCUGCAUCCCAUCUCCAUGAGUGACGAUUGAAUAACCCAAUGACGUGGAAAAUGGGACCCCAUUUCACCAUGCUGUUGGCCAUGUGGCUGGUGUGUGGAUCCGAAUCUCAUUCCCCUGUCUUGGAUAGAGACAGCCACACGGGGCGGAAAGUCCCUUUGGCCUCUCCAAUCAGCGCUAGGUCAGCUCGGUAUCUGAAGCACACCGGGAGGUCUGGUGGAACUGAGAAAUCCAUUCAGGAAGAACCAAAUCUUCAGCCUCCCCAAAGGAGGAAGAGUGUACCCGUGUUGAGAUUAGCUCACCCGACCGUGAGGCCAACCCCCUUGGGUAUCAAUGGAGUCCCAGUCAGACCUGAGUUGAGACCAAUAGCUAGGAGCUCUCCGCGUGAGAUGGUCCGAGAUGAGGGGUCCACUGCACGGUCGAGAAUGUUGCGGUUCCCUUCUGGGUCCAGCUCUCCUAAUAUCCUGGCCAGUUUUGCAGGGAAGAACAGGGUGUGGGUCAUCUCAGCCCCUCACGCCUCAGAGGGCUACUACCGCCUAAUGAUGAGCCUCCUGAAGGACGAUGUGUAUUGUGAGCUGGCAGAGAGGCACAUCCAACAGAUCGUGCUGUUCCACCAGGCAGGGGAGGAAGGAGGCAAGGUACGGAGGAUCACCAGUGAAGGCCAGAUCCUCGAGGAGCCGCUGGACCCUAGUCUCAUCCCAAAGCUGAUGAGCUUUCUAAAACUGGAGAAGGGCAAGUUUAGCAUGGUGCUGCUGGCGAAGACUCUGCAGGUGGAGGAGCGCUACCCUUAUCCCGUCAGGCUGGAGGCCAUGUAUGAGGUCAUUGACCAAGGCCCCAUCCGCAGGAUCGAAAAGAUCAGACAGAAGGGUUUUGUCCAAAAGUGUAAGGCCUCGGGCUUAGAGGGCCAUGUGGUCCAGGAAGGGAACAACGGCGGCGGAGGAGCAGGAAGCACAGGCCUGGGCAGUGAGAAGAAGAAGAAAGAGGACCCAAGGAGAGCACAAGUUCACCCCACCAGACAGCCUCAGAGAAAGCUGACCACCACCAAGGCAGCCACUCCACAACCUCCCCCAACCCCAAGGGUCACCACCCUUCCUCCUGCUCCAGUCACAACAGCCACUCGGGCCACAUCCCGGAUGGUGACAGUAGCUGCAAGACCUACAACCACGACUGCCUUUCCGACCACCCAAAGGCCCUGGACAUCCCGGCUGCACCCCUUCUCAGUCGCGCACAGGCCCCCAGCAACGGCUGAGGUGACCACUGUCAGGGGCACUUCCGUCUCAGAACAGCUCUACCCUCUACCUCGGAAGGAACAACAGAGAGAGAAGCCACAGGCUACCAGAAGGCCCAGUAAAGCCAACUAUGGGAGUUUCACAGCAGCCCCACCCACCAGCCUCUGGGAGAGCAGCACAAGAGCUGUGGGCACAAGUCGUUUCCGCGACAACCGCACAGACAGACGAGAACAUGGCCAUCAGGACCCAAAUGUGGUGCCAGUUCUUCACAAGCCAGCAAAAGGGAAGCUGCCCAAAAAGAAGGACAAAAUUCUUAGCAAUGAGUACGAAGCUAAGUACGACCCCAGCCGACCCACCGCCUCUCAAGGGGAAGAGGAGUUGCAGGUGGACAGUGUUCCCUCCCAGAACGCGAAGGAGUCGAAGAAGCACGAAAAACUCGGGAAACCCGAGAAGGAGAAGAAAAAAAAAGGGAAGGGUGUGAAACCAGACAAGUUACUCAAGAGUGACAAGCAAACGAAGAAAGCCGAGAAAAAGAACAAGCAGGAGAGAGAAAAGAAUAAGAAGAAGAAGGCGGGUAAAACAGAACAGGAUGGCUAUCAGAAGCCUACACCGAAACAGCUCGCUCCAAGUCCCAAGAAGUCAGUGAGCGACCUGCUGGGGUCAUUUGAAGGCAAACGACGACUUCUUCUGAUCACCACUCCCAAGUCUGAGAACAACAUGUAUGUGCAGCAGCGCGAUGAGUAUCUGGAGAACUUCUGCAAGAUGGCCACCAGGAGGAUCUCUGUGGUCACCAUCUUUGGUCCUGUCAAUAACAGCUCCUUGAAAAUUGACCACUUCCAGCUAGAUAAUGAGAAACCUAUGCGUGUGGUGGAUGAUGAGGACCUGGUAGACCAACAUCUCAUUGGAGAGCUAAGGAAAGAGUACGGAAUGACCUACAAUGACUUCUUCAUGGUUCUGACAGAUGUGGAUCUAAGAGUCAAGCAAUACUAUGAAGUGCCAAUAGCAAUGAAGUCUGUGUUUGAUCUCAUCGAUACCUUCCAAUCCCGAAUCAAAGACAUGGAGAAGCAGAAGAAGGAGGGCAUUACCUGCAAGGAGGACAAGAAACAGUCCCUGGAGAAUUUCCUAUCCAGGUUCCGAUGGAGGAGGCGGUUGCUGGUGAUCUCUGCCCCUAAUGAUGAAGACUGGGCCUAUUCACAACAGCUCUCUGCCCUCAGUGGUCAAGCAUGCAAUUUUGGUCUGCGGCACAUAACUCUUCUGAAGCUUUUGGGCGUUGGAGAAGAGGUUGGAGGCGUCCUGGAACUGUUCCCAAUUAACGGUAGCUCCACUGUUGAGCGGGAAGAUGUACCAGCCCACUUGGUGAAAGACAUUCGCAACUAUUUCCAAGUGAGCCCAGAGUAUUUUUCCAUGCUUCUAGUUGGAAAAGAUGGGAAUGUUAAAUCUUGGUAUCCGUCUCCUAUGUGGUCAAUGGUCAUCGUGUAUGACUUAAUUGAUUCCAUGCAACUUCGGAGACAGGAAAUGGCCAUUCAGCAGUCACUGGGGAUGCGCUGCCCAGAAGAUGAAUAUGCAGGAUAUGGUUACCAUAAUUACCACCAAGGCUACCAGGAUGGCUACCAGGAUGACUACCGUCAUCAUGAAAGUUACCACCAUGGAUACCCUUACUGAACAGAAAUAUGUAACCCUAUUCCCAUUCAGUUUCCUCUUCAUCUGCUAAAGCUGUGUGUGGCCAGCUACACAAGGGAAGUACUCCAUACUCUACAUUGCCUGCCCUUUUCUUUCAGUGUUCUUCCAAGAUUAAAGAAAUAGUCAACUUUCCCCUA